AGAAUAUUAUUGACGAAGUAGCGGUUACUCUUCUUCUAUAAAGGAUAAUUAAACGAGACAACUUCUCUCAGACACGCCGAGGAAUCCCGCUGUCGUUGAGGCAAAAUGACAACAACGGAAGAAUCGUGGACAAGUUGGUUGUGUGAUUGGGAACCAGAGCACUACAACAACUUCGUGAAUCACACCGACACAAACGAGGUUGAUGCAAAUUUCCCACAAGAGGAGAACUUGCAACACUCCAGCACCAUGAGCAAUUCCUCUCAAGAUGAUAAAAAUAAAAUCUUUGGAGAGAGUCCAGCAAACACACUCAAAACUGGCACUUCAAACUCUGCUAACACCGAGUAUCUCUCACAAAAGAACGAUUCUUCUCUCUCCUACAUUCUUUCCUUUGACAAUGUUGUGAAUCCAGCACCAGUACUGAACAUUGACUCCACUACCAUGAAGCCAAAAGAUGGCAAGGUUGCGAGAAAUCAAAAUAAGGAACCAAAAAACAACAACUCCGUCUCUUUGUCCAGAUCUCCUCUCCAUGCCAGAGAUCAUAUAAUUGCUGAGAGAAAGAGGAGAGAAAAGAUUAGCCAGCAGUUCAUAGCUCUUUCAGCCCUUAUUCCAGGCCUCAAAAAGAUGGACAAGGCCUCGGUGCUAGGGGACGCUAUAAAGCACGUGAAAGAGCUGCAAGAGCAAGUGAAGCUAUUGGAAGAGCAGAACAAAAGGAAGAGGGUAGAGUCCAUGGUAUAUGUUGAGAAAUCUAAGUUAUCUUGGGAUGAAGAUGUCUCAGACACCUCAUCAAAUUCUGGUGACGGAAACUCCUAUGGCCCCUCAAAAACAAAUGCAUCAUCACUUCCGGAAGUUGAGGCAAGGGUGUCAGAGAAGCACGUGCUGAUCCGAAUCCACUGUGACAAACAAAGGGGACUCUUCAUGAACAUACUCAAAGAGGUUGAGAAUCUUCACCUAUCAGUCAUGAAUAGCAGUAUCUUGCUUUUCGGGACCUCCAAAUUGGACAUAACCAUCGUAGCAGAGAUGGAGCAAGAGUUUGGGCUGAGCGUGAAGGAGUUGGCUAGAAACCUUCGAGUGGGAUUGAUGCAAUUUAUGUAGCUUACAGGUGUAUGGUGUUAUUUUAGUCCUCACUUUAAUGCAUUAAAUUAUGCUGUCACUUAAUGCUCAUCUUCUCAGCAGUAAGCCACGUGGAAAAAAAUGAGUGGUGUGAAAAUAAAUUGUUUCGAGAUGCAUUAUAGGGUUGUUGAGGUAAUCAGCACGAAUUAAAAGAGGUGAGGUACAUUGGAAACUGA